GUCAACUCUGCCAUCCAAGCUGAAUGAAAUCGAAUCCCAUCUUUUCCCUUCCGAUUGAUGAUGCCAAGAUCUUGAGAAAGCAUUCCAGUUCUCACAAUCCAUCAAACCAAAAGGAAAAACUUGCAUCUAUCAAAACAAUUACACCAUGAAGUUCACUGCAUCUAUUGUUGCUCUUUUGGCUGCUCCAGCCCGUGCCCUUCAAGGUGGAUACUUGUCCCAGAUGGGAGGAGGUGGUGCAGUGAAGGCCUCAACACUCAAGCCUGCAGGUUCUGCUAAUCCUGCAUUUGGAGCCAGCUACUUGGAUAACAUGGGUGGAAAUGCUGUCCCAGCCACCCCUGCUGCUACUGGAAGCGUUUUUUCCUUGUCUGAAUUGGUGGAUGACUCUGCCACAGCCGCUGCUGCUGGAGAAUACUUGACCUCUUUGAAGGUUGCCGCUGCUCCUUCUGGAAGUGGCCCUGUUGGAUACCUUGAUGCUCUUCGUACCCAAGCAUUUGAGUCUGCAGCUACCAACCUUCCUGGUUAUCUUGAUACUCUCACAGUUUCAGCCAGUACUGUCACGGGAGGACUUGGCCCGGCAACAUACCUUGACAAUAUUGCAGGAGCUGCCACUGUGGCUGCCAGGGUGGAGGCUGCUACAGAAGUCACCAUAGUUUCCAGUGAACCCAUUUUGGCUGCUAUCAAUCAGAUGCAAGAAAACAUGAACAAGAACCAAGAGGCUACUAUUGAGAUCCUUCAAGACAUCAACUCUUCCAUGAAGCAACUUGUGACUGCUGCUCGCGUUGCACCAGCUCAGCCUGCUGCCGCUGCCCCUGUUCAAGCUGCCCCAGUUGACGCCCCCGCACCUGCUGCUGGAGACUACCUGUCCCACUUGAAUGGUGCAUCUGUUCCCACAGGACCAGGUCUCGUUGGAUACUUGGACUCUCUCCCUUCGACCGAGCUCACAUUUGCGCUUGAGGGGGGUGGUGUCACGGGUGCCUCUGUUGCCGCCGGAGACUAUUUGUCUUCUUUGCGCUAAAUCAUUGAAGGCAAGAAGAAUUGGAAGUGGCUCUUUCGCUUUUGUGUCACUGUUCACUUGCUGUCGCUACUUCAGCCAAGACAAUCGUCAACGUCCGCAUCGGUGAGCCGUUCCGAGACCCAUAUCCACGCACCCCUCUGUGGGCAAACGGCACCGAAAACUUUCACCCACAGCACAAUCACAAUUCCACCAUGCUACACGUAGCGCACUCGAGACCAAAAUCAAAUAUAAGACAAUAUUAGUGGCCUAAUACGUUUUGCUAUG